GUUUCGAAAUAUUUGAAAAGUAACGAAAGUACUUGAAGACAUCGAAAUACCAAAACCAAAUAAGAAAUUGUUUUAAAGCUUAUAGUGUUGUGAAUGUGAAGAUGGAUAAUCCACUGACUCCCAACAAAAUACAAAGGCUAAUACAUUUGGCUGAAGAUAAAUCCUUUAAUAUGCCGAGACGCCUACUGCUCACUGAUGAUGACUUGAAACGUUUGGCUUCAAAUCAAGCAUCCAUGAACAGAUCGAACAUCAAUAAUUGUGAGUCUUCUUCUGGCAUUUUGGAUUUAGAAAGAGUUGAAGGCUUUGGGGAGUCUGGAAUGGGAGACUUUUCUCUUAGCAAAUCUACAGCGUUCAAUCCUGGUGAAAUGACUGGUAGAUCAACAGGGGCUGAUGACUUCAAGGCAAUGCCUUUGGGGCGCCAUUCCAUAGCUUUAGAAAGUCUCACCAGCCAAAUGGAUAAGCAGACUUCUGAGAUUCAGGAUAUUAUGAGACAUUCCAUUGCUACUAAUUAUUCUUUUCAUUCCAAGAGAGAUCUCACAGCUGAUGAAGCGUCAUUGAUAGUGCGUGAAGCACCACUACCUGUUCCAAGCAGCACACAUACAAACUUUGCUGAAAGCAUGUCGAUGAACAACUCAAACUUAUCAGUUGGUGCAUAUUUUAAGAACAGAUGUCCAGAGUUUGGUAAACUACUUAGCAAAACAGAUAGUCCAGACAGGUCUUAUAUGCCCAGCAUUACUGAAGUGUCCGGUGCCCACUCAAACUCAGUAUUAUCAGAUAAGAACCCAGGUCACAAAAUUGACCAUACAUUAGACUGUGUUCCCGUUCGACAGCCACGCAACAUAAUGGACAGUUUCCCAGAAACACAGAAUAAUGUUCAGACACAAGCGGAAAGUACCUUUACAUUGCCAAAAUCAGAGAUAUCGAAUGAACCAUCAGGUAGCAGUGCUCCUGAAAGACAAAAUCCAUUUUUCAUGAGCCAAGUGCCAGAUAAACCGAAGUAUGUUCAAAUGUCUUUAAACUCAGUUUCACCACAAAAGAAUAUUCCGGUACCUGCUCGGGAAACUGAUUUGCUUCUAAAGAAUUUGCAAGCUUCUUUGAGAUUGGUUAGUGAAGAUACUGAAGGUUCGGUCGAGAAUUCUUUGAGUAUUUCUAGAAUUGCUGAUUAUCUUGGCAAGCAAUCCAAUGUGAGUGUAACAGACAUGCUGCAACUAAACAACAGAAAGAAACAAAUAAACAAGAAACAGCCCCUCUCUGAGUUGCACAUGAACGUUCUAGAACCUAAGAAGAAUAACAAGGAGUUUCAAGUCACAAAUUUAAAAGACACACUAAAGACUGAGACAGCUAGCUCAUCCGGAACUGUAAAUACUGUCAUAUCACAGGACAAAUAUAAACUACAUACAGAGACAGAAGCCCCAGUAGUAGUAGUUACUCAAAAUUUACAGACUAAUGAGCAAUUAAUUGAAAUUGAUGAUACCAAGUCUAAGAAAAGUGCGAGAUCUAAAUCUCCUUCAAGCAAGAGUCAUUCUACUUUGAGCACUGUUCAUGAGAACUUUACAAGUUUCAAAUCUGCUGACAGUCCUUUACAUACAAGCAAAGGCGAGGCCAAUACAUCACAAUAUGUUCCUUCCCCAAAUACCGUAUAUAAAGAGUUAGAUAAGUCUGUAGAUUGGCACGAAGUAAUGCAACAGAAACGUUUGAAACAGGAGAGCUUAGCUAAAGAGCAAUGGGUAGAUAUAGCAGCUACUGCUGCCGAUGGAUAUGUUGGCGUCACUUGUGCGAUAGUAAUAACAGUGACAACAUUAUCAGAUAGUUGGCUAACUGCUAAACUACAAUUCGAAGAUUUACCAAACGAUGGCAGAGACCUUACAAUCGAACUACCACGGAUGCCUCUGCUGUUAUCUCCAGGGAAAUCUGAAAAAAUAACCCUAUACAUUACUUCCAACGUGGAACUGAACACUACAUUGAAUUUUACCAUGGACUUGAAAGAUGCGUCCAUUGACGGGGAUAUUGAGCAGACAGGAGAUGUUGCAGUUAACAUUGUAAUGCCUGUGAUCCAAGCUAUGUCUUGUGACGGAGUUAAUAAGAUCACGUUCCCUCCUAUUCAAGAGAACAGCUCUCUCAUAAAAUCCUUUGUGCUCAUAAGCGAUUGUCCCACCGAUCUGCAGUUGGUACUGUCGGUCGUUGAAGGCGACAGUAUUUUUGCCAUCAAAAGUGUCCAGGAGAUAAAGAAAGCUGAUGUGAACAAGGUACUGAUGGACCGUCAGGGAUCUGGUGAUGAUGGACAGCAACAAGGGAAGAAUAAGAGCAAAGGAAUAAACAAGCAGCUUUGCAGGUUGACCAGUGGCAAUGCUAUUAGAGUCACUGUGAAGUUCAAUGCGCCCAAGUUACAGGAUAUUCAAAUAGCAGACUCAAUAGUGACAUUCAACGGAUUGAUGAGCGUGAAUCUAUUAGGAGUGAACACUGUACUGAGGAAGGUAGAUCUGAUUGGUGUCGUUGGAACCGUGAAUCUCGUGAUGAAGCCAGCAGUUGAUAAGCUGCAACUGUCUAAUGAACCAAUAAACAUAGAUUUAUUCAACAAUGGCUCAAUUUCCGGCAUCUGGAUAGUCAAGUUCAAAACGAACUCCCCUGCCGACAUUUUUCCGUUCAAGAUAGCGCCGUCUAAGUUCGAGAUCCGACCUGGCACUGCGAAGACUGUUAGCUUGAUGUAUACCGGCCCAGGAGAAGGGGUUUGUGAAGCCACUCUAAUUUUCGAAGACAUCACAUCUGGUAACAAGACAACUUUAGAAAUAUGUGGAGGUGCAGAGAAGCCGAAAUCUUUCCCUAUAAAGACGAACUAUUGUUCAAUGUCGUGGGUCCGCGCCGGUCGUAAGGAACUGAGCUUGAAGAAUGCUUCGAACAAGAAGGUUUACGUGCGAUGUCAGAUUAUUGGCGAAGGAUUUGCAGUAGACUUGCCGCGGGAGUCGCGAGGCAUAUACUGCGUGCCUUUCGGGCCGUGCGAGUGUCGCCCGCUACCUAUCGUGUUCGCGCCAACCUCUAAUGCACCUCAUAAAGCGACUCUACAUUUAGUGUAUGAAAAGAACAAUGAUUAUUCUAGAAAGAUCUUGCUGUACGGAUGCGCGAGCGGCGACUCGCUGCGCUGGUCGGGGCUGGUGACGUACGGCGACACGGCGCUGGUCCGCGCCGUCAGCCGCAUGCCCAUCAACUUGGAGCUCUACAACAAAUCCACCACGCCGGCCUUUGUUUGCGCUAGAGUGCAUUUUAAUCUGCAAUACAUGUGCAUAUCAUCGAGCGCGGAGUUGUCGGGCGGGCGGCACGUGGUGCGUGGCCGGGCGCGGCACGCGGUCACACUGCGCGUGGACUGGUCCCGCGUGGAGCGUCGCGCGCGGCAGGCGGGGGCGGCGUCGCUCGCCACGCUCACGCUGCUCACUGGCGCCGAGUACACACGACGCAGGAUACUCAAGAUCAUCCGUGACGAAUCAAAUGGGGAGCUGGAUACUUCCCUUUUACCAGAUCACCUGAAAGUAUUAGCAGACAAGUUUGACGGAGAAGAUGAAUCUAUGGAUGCUCAAAUAGCGGACUUCAAAGAAACUAAGGCGUCACUGAACGAACUCAUAGGCGGUCUGCAGGAACUGACCGCUCAAAUAGAUCUUCCACAAGACUUCGCAGAGGAAAACACCAUUAUCAUCACUGACGAUACAGUAGUUGAACAUCACACUCUUUGUGAUUGAACUAUAAUAUUGAUAUCACGAUUUUUUAUGUACUUACUCGUGAGGAAGCAAACUUUAUUACGCUUCAGUGCCAAACACGUGUUGCACGUCACAAAGCGUAAAUGGUUAGAUAAGUUUUAAUGAAGUAUUAAUAACAAGCGUAAAAGGUCACUGAAUUAUGUCUCUUUGACCUCUCUAUAGUAUUCGUCUCGUAAAUUGAAGGACUAUGGCUAAUGUUUUCCUGAAGUGCCGUGAGUCCUGGGAAAGUGCGUUGUUUUAAGUUUUAAAUUGCUUAGUUGGGUAUGUUAUGUUAUUCAGUAUUUAAUUAUUAGUAUAAUAAUGUAAUUUCUUGAACAAAUAUCUGAUCUGAAUUACUAUAAGUCCGUCCUAAAAGGCCUUCAAGAUUCAAGUUAUUGUGAUAUAUUCAGAAAAGUAUGAUUGUGUAAUAAUAAUAAAAAACUAUUUUAAUU